GGCGCGAGGCGGCGCACAUCGUUAACUCUGCUAGUCGCGUUCGGCUUAGCUCGACUGCUUCAGUUGUUUUGAGUCGGUAGUGCGGCUCGCAUCGCGACUCGAAUCUUUAUCGCGUGAUUUUUUUUUACUUUUCUCGCUCUCCCGGUACAACGUAUUUCUUUAUACUUUCUCUCCAGUCUCCCUUUCUCCCUCUCUCCCUAUCCCACCCUUUUCUCAAAAUACGUACACUUUUCGCUUCUCUCUCGGUGCAUUCGUUUCGUGUCAAGGUGAAGAAACGCGCGAGGUCGGGGGGAGUUAACGCCGUCCAAAAGGAAGUGCGAGUUACGUUGGACCGUGUGUCUUUAUAACCUCAAGGCUUUCAUCGAGACUCGCCGCUACAUGUGUGUACGUGAGGCGUAAGGCUUCGAAAGCGCGAGACUCGCCACGAGUCCAACUUUCCUCGAGGAAGCCGGGACCCGGGGAGUGGCGACGACGCAUAGACUGGCCAAACACUUCCAACCUCCAAGAAGCUCGAGGGAAAAAUCAACAAGAAUUUUGGUCUGACACUUUCCUCGAGCGUAAGACGACGAGUCGCCGAAGCUAGAGGAAAAGGUCGUCGUUACGAAAGGAUGUCGCAGCACGACACCGUCAUACACUUUGUCGCCGGAGGGGUUGCUGGGACAGUAGCUGCAAUUAUAACUUGCCCCUUAGAAGUAGUGAAGACACGAAUGCAGUCUUCCUCCGCGGGCUUUUAUCCGCCAACAAUUAGUAAAGAGUUCGCUUCUGGUCACGUUACGUGCAAAAGUUUCUCCAACCCCUCGCAGCGAAAGCGACUAUGUAUUGGAGAAUCAAAGAGGUAUUCACUAGUAACCUUGUCGCAUUGUGCCGUAUCGCCGCUUCCCGGCGGCCGACCACAUAACGUACCCGUGCCCCCCGGAAUUGUCCAGUGUCUGAGGUACAUUGUCGAACACGAGGGUCCGAAAGCACUCUUCAAGGGUCUCGUACCUAACCUUAUAGGUGUCGCCCCGUCCAGGGCUAUUUAUUUCAGCACUUACUCUCAAACAAAAAAUUUAUUCAACACAUGCUUACCUCCGGACAGUCCCCUUGUACAUAUGUGCUCUGCGUCAUGUGCAGGUUUCGUUUCGUGUACAAUUACGAAUCCGAUAUGGUUCGUGAAAACAAGGCUGCAGCUAAAUCAUCACACAAAUCAAACUAGUACGAUAGAUUGUAUUCGGAGGAUUUACCGACAAUCGGGAAUAGCGGGAUUUUACAAGGGUAUUGUCGCAUCGUAUUUUGGCAUCAGCGAAACAGUCGUGUACUUCGUCAUCUACGAGGCUAUAAAGACUUGGCUGAUUACGCAUCAUACGCCGGCGUCCUCACCCGAUGACAAUUCCAAAAUGUCGCGCAACUUCUUCGAGUUCAUGGCCGCGGGCGCAGUCUCCAAAACCGUCGCUUCCUGCAUUGCAUAUCCACAUGAGGUGGUUCGGACGCGAUUGCGGGAGGAGGGGACGAAAUAUCACGGAUUCUGGCAAACGACGAACACAAUAUUAGCAGAAGAAGGUGCACGAGGUCUUUAUCGCGGCCUUACCACACAGCUGAUUCGUCAAAUACCCAAUACGGCUAUUAUGAUGGCUACCUACGAGGCUGUUGUUUACAUCCUCACGAGUCAGUAUGAGCCCGUUCCAACGAAUAACAACGUUAACAAUGCGGUGCAAAGCACGACCCAGUUCUACUCGGAAACUAAAACGAAAAGCCAGCUUGCUUAGAAUUCAUUAAAGAUCCCAGAAUAAUAAACAGGGCAGCCAUGUUUUAAUCGAA